UCUCCGCGCGUCAAACACGCAGUCGUGUGUGUGCAGUCGAGGAUCGAUUCUUUCUUUUCGCCUCUCUCACUGUGACGUUGAUAGCGCGCAACCCUGUUGUGACGACGACGACGACGUGCGUCGCAGCGUGCAAAUUCGCACGUAGUAUAAACUUGGCACUUUUAUUCAUAGCAACAGCGGUAGCAGCUCGUGGUCCACUGCGCACACGUGAUGAUUAGCCGAAAUUCUUUCGAGCCCGAGGAGGGUGUGAUAUGACGCUGUUCCGUGGAUCGCAGCAGAGUCGUUGACGUUUUUACCCGGCUCUCUGGCUCCGACUCGACCUAUCGUUUCUUCCAUUUAUUUAUUUAUCUUUGUGCGCGCGACGCUUUCGUCGUUACUACUACCGUCGAUCCGUUCGUUUUUCGGGGGUGAGUUUGAUAACAACAACAAAAAAAGUGCCGCGUACAUAAAUAUAAUUGGACGGUAAAGCAGUGACGCACGAGGAUGCAGCAUCACGAGCAGAGACACGAGUCCUCGGGCGAUUGCUGCUAUCAGCAGCCGUGGAUCAGCCAUCAUGCUCAGGUCCAUCAUCAUUUGCAGCUUCAGCAGCAGCAGCAACAGCAGCAACAACAACUGCAGCAGCAUCACAUACCCUCGCCGAUGCAACAAAUGGAAGCUUGUUUGCAAACGGCAGGUAACAACAACAACAAUAACAACAACAACGGCUUGAGCUGCAAGAAGCCACCGACGCCAAUCAACAAUCCGACGACGAGCGACGGUUCGCCAUCGACCACGGGCAGAAUCAGCCUCAACGACAGCAACAACAACAGCAACGACAACAAUAGCAGCAGUAGCCACGCGAGCAACAACGCGGGAACCGCUACGCAGGACGGCGGAGAAACAAGCGCCAAGCAGCUGAGGCCGCUGCAUCCGGCCCUGGCGACGGCCGGCACGGCCCUCGAGGCUCGGCCGCUCUGGGAGGAGUUCCAUCAGCUCGGCACCGAGAUGAUCGUGACCAAGGCCGGCCGACGGAUGUUCCCCACGUUCCAGUGCCGGCUGUACGGCCUCGAGCCCAGCACCGAGUACCUGCUCGUGAUGGACUUCGUGCCGUGCGACGACAAGCGCUACCGCUACGCCUUCCACAGCAGCGCCUGGGUCGUCGCGGGUAGGGCCGAUCCCGUCUCGCCGCCGCGCAUACACGUCCACCCGGACAGUCCCGCCACGGGCAGCCACUGGAUGAAGCAGCCCAUAUCCUUCGACAAGCUCAAGCUCACCAACAAUCAGCUCGACGAUAACGGCCACAUCAUACUGAACUCGAUGCACCGCUACCAGCCGCGCUGCCACGUGGUGGUGGCCCCGUCGCCGCCGGGCUCGCUGCCCGACCCGCGCACCGAGAACUUCAAGACCUUCUGCUUCCCGGAGACUCGCUUCACGGCCGUCACCGCCUACCAGAAUCACCGCAUAACCCAGCUCAAGAUCGCCAGCAAUCCCUUCGCCAAGGGCUUCCGCGACUGCGAGCCCGACGAUUGCGUCAACGGCGGUGGCGCUGGCAACGAGAUCGCUCAAGUGCAGACGUCCUCGUCCCCUCCGAGCUCGAGCUCCAGCUCGUCCUCCCCGUCCUCCUCCUCCUCUUCGAGCAAGCAUCAUCGACCUUUGGCUCACAGUCCGACGCAACAACACCAGCAGCAACAACAACAACAACCUAACUAUCCGAGCAACGGAGUGGCUCUCGUGCCCAGCGUCUCCGCUCAGGAGCAUCAUCAGUUUUACGCGAGCAGCAGCCCGGCCACGGCUGCCGCUUGGGUGGCGGCCGCCUAUCCGCCGCCGGUGCACCAUCAUCAUCAUCAUCUUCAUCAUCAUCCGCAGGGCAGCAGCGGCGUGACGGCGACGACGACGACGACGGGGCCGCCGCACUAUCACCAUCCCUCGACGGCGGCGGCUCUCUACGGCCCUCGAUAG